GUUAAAUCAAAAUGUUUACAUUUUUAAAUGAUGUCUGCGUGUUACAAAUUAUCUCAAUUUGUAAGAUUUAAUAUCACUUUUAUACUUAGUGCUCAAAGAUAUUUGUCCGCUAAAAAGAUCUAUAUUUAAAAAAUCUGUCUAAAAGACAGUGAAAACCAAUUUGUUUGAAAUAUUUUAAGCAUUUUAUAAAUUUGAAAUAAUUGAUUACAUAAUUGUUUUGAGUGGUGUUCUCUGUCCAGGUCAUAAUAUAACACAAGUGGGGUUAGAUAAAGGAGCUUCGUAAUGCCAGUUGAGACUUCGGGACUUUUAUUUUGACAUUUGUGAGACUGCAUGCCGGAAGAAAUGUUCUACUAUUAUUUUCGUUAAUUAAAGUUUCAGUCAAAAAUGUCGUCUUCAAACACUUGUAUAAAUGAAGACGUGUGGACAGUUGUACGGUUUGCGACAUUUACGCGACUGCUUUCCCUUUUAUUACAGGCUGUGCUGAAUGCAGUGAUUCCUGACCAUGUUGCAGAUGCCUUCAGCCCUCCACGAUCAGAGACCCCUCUCCUGCUCGACCCCAUCAUCGAAGCACUAUUUGCUGGCCUUUGUCACUGGGAUGCAGAGCAUUUCCUCUUCAUUGCAGAGCGUGGCUAUUUGUAUGAACACAACUUUGCGUUCUUUCCUCUCUUUCCUCUCAUCCUGCGAUUCCUUGCAGCCACAGUUUUGUGGCCCUUGUGUGGAUUUCUCACAAUGCGUGGCCGUUUACUUUUAGCUGUGGCUGUGGGGAAUAGCAUUCUUUUUGUUCUAAGUGCAGUGGCACUAUACAAACUGAGUCGUUUGGUGCUGCAAGACAGAAAACUCGCCUUUGUGUCGGUCUCAAUGUACUGUCUGACACCAGCUAAUGUUUUUAUGGUAGCAGGCUAUUCAGAGACUCUCUUUGCAGCACUUACCUUUGCAGGCCUUUGGCUACUAGAGACAAGAUUCACACUUGGAGCUUGUCUUCUGUUUGGGUUUGCUACUGGCGCUCGUGCCAAUGGAGUUGUGAAUGUUGGAUUUUUGCUGUAUGUCAGUUUGCAACGGGGUCUUGCCCGUGCACAGGCUCUUGGCAAAGGAGCAGGGGGCAUUCGGUAUCAUCACUAUGUCUGGGAACUUAUUCGUUUUGUUCUCACAGGAGUGUUUUAUGCAGCUUUCGUUGCGUUGCCUUUUUGUUUGUUUCAGUUUUAUGGCUACCAAACAUUUUGUCAUCCAACUGCUACUCAAAUUCCUCCUGUGCUGCUGAAAUUGGCCCGGGACAAAGGAUACCGUGUGGCUGAUGCAGCGUCUCCAACACCAAGUUGGUGCCAAUGGCAGAUUCCAGUUUUGUAUUCAUACAUACAGGAUGUUUAUUGGGAUGUGGGCUUUCUUCGAUACUUUCAAUGGAAACAGAUACCUAACUUUCUCUUGGCGCUGCCUGUUGCAACUCUAGGAUUCGUAGCCUUGUUUACAUUUGUAAAGGCUAACCCAGUGUUUAGUAUGUAUUUGGGAUUAGGAGGCGGAGGAAAAGACAGAAAAACGCAUGGUUUUUGUAACCCUAGAGUCUUUGUUUACAUCGUACACAGCUCUGUCCUGCUUCUCUUUGGAAUAUUCUGCAUGCAUGUGCAGGUGUUGACACGCUUUCUUGCUUCCUCAUCGCCUGUUCUCUUCUGGAUCAGUGCCCACCUGCUUUCUCAGUAUGAACCUUUGAUGCAAGAUGAAAAGCGGUUUAGACCAGACCAAAUAAAAUGGCAAAAGGAUCACAAACGUGGCUUAAGUUUAGCAGGGAUGUGGAGAAAUAAUCAAGUUGUUUACCUUUUAAUACACUGGAAGACUUGCACCAUUUAUACACAAUGCAUACUAGGGUAUUUCAUAUCAUAUUGGUUUUUAGGUCUGGCUCUGCACUGUAAUUUCCUUCCUUGGACUUAAUAGAUUUGUGGGAAUAACUUGAGUCUUCAUAACAUUCCUGUUGCAUAAUAUUGUGCUGUUUGACAAAUAUUGUUGUAAUUUUUUUUUUAUUUCAUUAUAAG